UGGCGUUCUCUUGGUUUUGGUUUCUAUGGUUGGCGUAGCAUAAAAAAGAAUCUGAACGAAUUAAGAAACCUACUUAAAUUAAAGCUAAUUUUAACCAAUAGAGGAGUCAUAAUCUCUAAUAUAAAUUCUGAUUUUUUUAUAACUUUAAAUAAGUAUAAAUAAUAUUUAUAUCGAAUGAAACGAACAUAAUUACAACAUGGAAAACGAUGUCUUAGAUGGAUUAAGCGAUUUGGGUUAUGAGGGCCCACUUCUGGAUGAAGUGGCCUUCAUGAAGGCCCUUGAUGGUGGCCCCAAAUCUCUGGAGUUCACUAAACUGAUCCACAUCCUGGCUGAGGAACUGAAGACACUAUGCCACCUGGAGGAAACCAUAAAUGUGAUGAAUAAUCCUGAUGAAUCUGUGUCCUUCUUGCUGGAGUUGAGUUCGUUUCUAAAAGAGCUUGGAUGUCCAUAUAAAGCAUUGGUUAUAGGCCAUAUGUCCUCUCGCCUGCAGUCAAAGGAGGAUAGACUACUUUUAUUAGACUAUAUGAUAUCAGAACUGAUGGCAGCAAGAAUGGUAUCUACAAUCAAGCCUAGUAAAAAGAAGGGUUCUGGAAUGGAAAUUGUUAUGCAAGAAUCGCCAACAGCCAAGGAUCUGAAGGAAAUAUUGAUCUCUCUUAAAUUUAAUAAACCGCCUCCAAACAUCACACCAGAGAUGUUGUUCUCUAAAUUAGAGGCAAAGCUGAAGGAUACAAUACAGAAAGAAGGUGAUCAACUAGUCGGCAAACCAUUAUACAAUAAAUCAAUAACAGAGAAAGACUGGAAGAAACUAGAGACAGACUACACAGAAAUGUUCGAGGAGUACCGCCUGAGAAGAGAAACACUCAUCACCAGGCUUGAAUGCACCAUACAGAGUUUUGAGUGGUCUGACCGCUUGAAGUCUAAAAAGGAUGACAUCCAAUCCACCUACCGUCCGAAACGGGAGCACCUCAAGGUGAAACCGGAUGUGAAGCUGUCCGACUUCCUGGCCGCCCGGACGACGUUGUUACAAGUCGAGAAGACUUCCAGCGCUAGUGUCCGGAAGAAUACCCAGAGUGAUGUCAACAAAGUCAUUAUAGGACAGGUUCCAGAUAGAGGUGGACGGCCGAAUGAACAACAGCCACCACCGCCGGAAAUGCCAUCAUGGCAGCAAAGAACCGCUCCGCAAGGCGGACGCGGCGGUGGCAGAGGGGGUCGCGGUGGUGGCGGUUUUGGGGGUGGCGGGGGGCGCGGCGGGCCCCCUGGGGGACACAAUGGACCUUCCGGGGGUCGCGGUGGCCGGGUACAAGGAGGAUACAACCAGUCGUCUGGGGAGCAGGCCAGGCCCCAAACUAGUCCAGCCGGCUUUAACCAAAGCUCGCGAAACUACCAGACAUAUGAAGUACCGCCGGGCGGUUAUAAUCAAUAUGAAAGGAAAAACGGCCACGGGCACAGCAACCAGAGCGGUGGUUACGACAGUAUGGGCAACUACAAUCAGUAUAAUCAAGGUGGAAGUGGCGGGAAUAGUGGGGGUUACAACAAAGGAUACCAAACUCAAGGUUACAGUCAAGGAUACAGCCAAGGUCAAAGUCAAGAUUACAAUCAAGGUCAAGGGUAUCAGAGCCAAGGGUAUUACCAGCACGAUGACCGGGACCGACGAGGUCGAGGGGGCUAUCGGGGACGUCGCUGAUAUUUACUUAGCAUGCUGUAUUAAUUGCAGUAUCAUACUCAUACUCAGCUACGGAUCAUUUAUUUCUAGGCUGGCCAAAAACUAAAAUGCCGCC